UUGUUACUGCUACUACAUAAUUUGGGCAUAUGUAUGUAUGAAAACUUCAAAGGUUUUCGACAAAAGCGGGUGUAAAAGUAAGAAUUCCCCACUUUUUUUAGCCUAUAUAAUGUUUUAAGAUCCGUUCAACCCUUGAAUCUUUUUGAUGGGUUUUCUGCUCAACAUUUUGUAUUUUUCCCACAAUUUCACUGUGAGUGUGUGUUUGUUGUUUUUUCCAGCUUUUAUGGCGUGAUGCCAUAUUCAUACCAGUGUGUACGUUAUUCAUACAUUCAGUAUGUGUAUUACUGUAUUCAAUGUUUCUUCAUCUUUGCAUGCUUCACCAAACUCAUAAAUUCCCCCAAAUGUUUUUAAAUUAUAUAAGAUCAUGAACGAAACUGGUGAUGUGAUGUUGGGCUUUUGACACUUUAAUUUCUCUUUCUGUUGUAUAAUUGGCUCUGUCUUUUUUGAUUUUACUGGGUACGUUUGUUUGUUUGUUUGUAAUUCAGUGAGAUUUUAUUGGGUACGUUUGUUUUAUUGAUUAUGGUUGAGCGAAUCGAAGUUACGAACGAGAGGUCGAAGGAUGAUGAUGAGCUUGAAAUGUUGUUGGAUGAGAUCCCUCAUGCAACAGCUUCACUUAACCUCAAUCAUCAUCAUCAUCAUAAUCAAUCACAUGAUAGUGAUAACGACAAUGGUUAUGGUUACGGUUAUGGUUAUGGUUAUGGUUAUUCUCCGGUGAUGUAUGGUAUGUAUCAUGAUAACCUCCAAUCAAACGCCUGUUUUUCGAGUUUUUUCGAUGAUCCAACCCGCAAAUCGCCCAUGUCUUUCAAAAGUUACAGCUCGAUUUUGCCCGCGAAUUCGACCAAUUUCAGCAAACCCUUUUCUGAUUGUGGUGUAAUUCAGUCAAGUUGUUCUAGAAAUCCUGUUUUUAGCGGUAAAACGAGUCCGAUUUUCGGUUAUGGCUUCCCUGAUGUCCAAAUUCCUGAGAACGUGUCGAAUGUUCUGUAUCCCGUAAGUUACCCGAGUCGGAAUCCAGCUUCGGAUUUUGCUAAUCGCGUGCGACGAAAUGGAGUGUUAGAAGGUAGUGAUGAUGGUUCGAUCAUUCAAGGUGAAAGUGUGAAUCAUGUGCGAAAUGGAGGUUUUAAAGGGCAAAAUAAGAAGGGUAAUCAUUCGCAGAUCACGGGUGGUUGUGAAAACGGUAGAUUUUCAAAGGGAUAUAAAUCUUUUUCAUCACCUGUGAAAUGUAACACUUUAGCUGAUGUUAAAGGGUACAUAUAUAUGUUUGCUAAAGAGCAAAACGGGUGUCGUUUCAUACAAUCAGUUUUCGAUGAGGAGAAUCCAAAACACGUGGAGAUGGUGUUUGAUGACACAAUCGGGCAUGUGAAUGAGCUUAUGGUGAAUCCGUUUGGGAAUUACCUUAUGCAAAAGCUUUUGGAAGUUUGUAACGAAGAACAACGAAUGUGUAUUCUAAUCGAGGUCACUCGAGAGCCACGCGAACUCGUUCACAUCUCUUUAAACACUCAUGGGACACGCGCCGUCCAGAAGCUUAUAGAGACUCUCAAGACAAGAAAACAGAUCAAGAUGGUUAUCACUGCACUUGAACCGGGAUUUCUUGCGCUUAUUAAGGAUCUUAACGGGAAUCAUGUUAUUCAAAGAUGUUUGCAGUGCCUAAGUAAUGAAGAUAAUAAGUUCAUAUUUGAAGCUGCUUCAAAGUUCUGUGUGGACAUUGCUACCCAUCAACAUGGCUGUUGUGUAUUGCAAAGAUGCAUCAAUCACUCAACCGGCGUGCACCAAGAACGCCUAAUUCUUGAAAUUUCUGCCAACGGGCUUCUUCUAGCACAAGACGCAUUUGGAAACUAUGUUGUACAAUCUAUAUUGGAGUUACAGAUCCCAUCUGCAGUAUCCAUGUUGAUUUCUCAAUUUGAGGGAAAUUAUGUCCAUCUUGCAAGACAAAAGUUUAGCAGCCAUGUCGUUGAGAAAUGCUUAUCGGUGUUGGAUGACCGUUACAGGUCCAAAAUCAUUCGUGAAUUGCUUUCGACUACUCAUUUUGAACAGUUGCUUCAAGACCCGCACGCUAAUUAUGUUGUCCAAACUGCCCUUCGUGUCGCUGAGGGCUCCCUUCAUAACUUGUUGGUGAAAGCAAUCGAAUCACACAAGGCAAUCUCAAGAAACAGCCCGUAUUCAAAGCGGAUUUUCUCACACAAGCUUUUAAAGAAGUGACAAUAUCUGUCACAAUGUUGUUGUUUCCUGUGUUUAUUACCAGUUUAAUCUCUUUACAGUCCACAUUCACCGGAUAAUCGGGGUUGCUUGUGUGUUCAAUAACCCAGCGGGCCGAUUCUAUGUGUCGUCCGGGCCCGCAGUGUACUUUGUCAGUGGUUUUGGUUAAUUGCAAGCAUAACAUAGGGAAAUUGUUUCUGGAUUCAAGUUGCUUAAAGUUGUAUUCCAUUUUCUGUUGUGUGUUUACUAUGGUGUUCUGGUUAUUUAAGGGUAUUUUAGUCA